ACGGGGUCCAGGACUUGAUCGCGACUGUACUCAGGAGAGACGCCGACGUCAACCACCGUAACUCGCUCAGGCAGACACACCGCUCUUGUCCUUCUUCCUUGGAAUCCACUACACGAACAGGAAAAUUUUGCGGGUAUUGGUCGAGUGUGUGAGAAACCUGGUGGAGCAUGGAGCGGAUAUCUUGGCACAAGACCUGUCGGGCACCUGUCCGCUUUACGAAGCUGUCCGUCGCUGGCCGGACGAAUUUUAGCCGAUAUGGUCAGCGCCAUCUUAGAGAACGAAGACGGCUGCCACCAGACUUCCAGCCCGGACAUCAAGGCCACCGAACGAGUGUUCUGGACCAAUCUCUACCAAGCUUUCAAGACAGAAGACUGGGUCAACUCCAAAAAUCAGCUUUGGUCUCGCGAUGGGUUGCUUCCAAAAGAGGUUGACACAAAGAUCCGCCAGUACGCAUUUAAGUUGCUGGCGAUCAAAUUCUUGGAGCUGGCUAACGAUAUGUUUGAGGGGGAGAUAGACUGGGUUCAAAAGCGGCGGAACUUAGUGGCCAUGAUUCUUCGGGAUUGCCGCGAACGCAAGGUGGAGGUGGAGAUGGAGUACAUGGACCUUCUUCUAGAGCUCUGUCGAUAGUUACUUUCCUGUAGCUGAGGAAGGAUCAACUUGCUGUCUUGCUUUUCAAUAUAGGGUCGAAAUUCGUAUUUUCCAUUGGGCGGAUAUAUAUAGGGAUAGCU